CGUGAGGCCCCGGAGAAGGGGUUGAGCAGGAGCAGCGCCGUCCGCGAGCCGGGAAGAGAAGGGCUGGCUGGCGGCAGCAGCGGUGGUUGCGGCUGGGCUGGGCGCAGACCCGGCGGAGGUGGGAGCGGAUCGAGGCGAGGCCCGGAGCCGGCGCCGCGGUUCCCUCUGGAUUUUCCCCCUCCCCCUCUGGUUUUGUCCUUGCUGCUCUUCAGGCUCUGCGUUUGUUAUUCAGUGGAGUUGAUUGAUUGAUCGGCUAUUGAUCGGUUAAAGGGGCCCUGCCGCUCGGGAGCUACGACGUCGAGAUCGGACUGAGCCGCUGUUCCUUUAAGCCAAGCCGGGAGGGGAGGGGGAAAUCCAGAAGUGCGCCCUUGAUCUUUAGUCAUCCUUCCGCCCUUGAGUUCCUUCAUACCCCCAUUGCACCCUCCCUUUCUUUCACACCAACCCUAAUGCACUUUCACCACCCCCGGAGGAAGAGGAAGCAGCAUCUAUUCCCAUAGGCACCCCCCCUCCUUCAGUCUUUCUCCUUGAUUGCUACCCUGUCAGAGCCGCCCCCCCCCCUUUAAUUUUCAUUGUGCCAUCUCCCCAACCCUUUAUGUUUCGAAAUAUUGGGCUUAUAGGGUUUUUCUUUCUAAUCGGCUGUUUGUGUGCGUGCGCGCGAGCAGAGAGAAUUCUCCUAGGCAGGCAAGAGCUAUAGGCUCAACUUCUCCCCCCGCGCCUCGAAUAGGUAAAACGAUUAAAAAAAAUCUUUAUAGGUUUUCUAUUUCGAGGUUUAAUCUAUAAAUGGGCCUAGAUAUAUAUUUUUAUCACCUAGUUUACAUGAUCUGGAACUCUCGUUUUCUUUCCUUCCUUUCUCACUAGCGUGAUAGAAAUCUCAGGUCCCCCCCCCCUUUUUUUUUUUGUUGUGUUCUUUUCUUUGGUUUCAAUUGGGAAUCUCGAUUUUUUUCUUUUGCAUGUGAUGCAGGUGAAAGACAGUGCCUGAUCCAUUAAUCUGUUAGUUCAUUUUUGUUGUUGCGUUGUUACUGUGACAGCAUUAAGGAGAUGUGCUGAAAAUUAUCUAUCUAUAUAGAUUUGUGUAUAUAUAUAUAUAUAUUUAUUUAUCUAAAGUGGGGAGACCCAAUAUGGCUGGAAGUGGCUAUGAAGAGCAUGUAGGGUUUUUUUGAUCUGAUGAUAAAAGCUAAAAGACACAGCAGCUGCGGCUGUAUAAACUCAAUUUAGAGCCCUCCCCCUUCCCUCCCUCUUCUCUCCCCCCCCCUCACUGACACAUCAGGCGCUUACUUUGCAGGGUGGUGCCAUCCACCGGGCCUCUCUUUUUUCCUCCUCCUUUAACAGAUUUGUUUCUGUUUUCUCUAAUAAAAAUAUUCACUAAUUUAAAAAAAUCAGUUCAAAAUGGCUGAGGAUUGACCGAGUCCUCUUGGAAUUGUACAUUUCAGCAGUUCCUUUUAAGCUUGUGAGUGUCUCUCCCCCCCUCCCCUCCUUUGCAGGCUGGUUCCAAAAGGAGAAAUAGCUUUCAUGUCAGAAGGAAAACAGAGAAGCUAAGGGGAAGAGGCGGGGGCUGGGCUCUUCAUUAGCAGUUGAGAAAUUCCUUUUCAGUUUGAUCAAGGCAUACUUGUUUUCCUUCCAGCAAGAGCAACCCAUCACUCUCCAAAAGAUUGAGGAUUUUGGAGAGGGGAGUACUGUUUCCAUUUCAGUUUUAUUAAAAUCAGAACUGAGACUGAUUUUGCGAGGAAGAAAUCCCAGGGCGUACUGAAAGCAGGUUGAUUCUCUUGGUUGAAUUCAGUGGUUUCCACCCUCCUUAGUCUUUAAUUUUUUCCCCUCAUUCCUAUUUGAGAAAAGGAGCAAAGGAUGGGAGGGUCCCUUUGGCUCUGGGCUGGAAUUUCAUCCGAAUGACUGACCCGUUUUCCUACUGAGAUUGCACUGUCCCAAACCAGCGAAGAAUUUUUUUCUGCACCAUUCAGCUCGUUCUGAUCUUCUGCUUUUUAAAAACCUUGCAUUUGGAUUUUAUCUCUUUGUGAUUAAUUCUGGACUCUCUUAUGGGAGGAAAAAGAAUUGAAAAGGAUUCUCUUGGGCUUAGUUAGGAGAGAUAAAAGCCCUUUAAAUGUUGAACGUUGGACAGAAAGUUGUCAUAAAAUACUGAAUUCAUAGUUUUUAACUUGGACAGCUUAUAUGGAACGUGGAUCUUGUCCUUCUGGAUUUUGUAUGGAUUAUUUUCGGUUCCGGCAACUUAGUGGCCUUUCUGUUGCAAAAGUGGAAAAUUAUCAUCUGUGUCGGUAGACCAAAAACUGACUUUUUAAAAGCGAAUUUUCUUAAACAAAAAUAUCUGUGGUGUUAAGACAUGGCUGAAAACUGGAAGAACUGUUUUGAAGAAGAACUUAUAUGUCCCAUUUGCUUGCAUGUCUUUGUGGAACCUGUCCAGCUUCCUUGUAAGCACAAUUUUUGCAGGGGAUGCAUAGGAGAGGCAUGGGCCAAAGAGACAGGGUUGGUGCGUUGUCCUGAAUGUAACCAGGCCUACAACCAGAAACCCAACCUUGAGAAGAACUUAAAGCUGACCAACAUCGUGGAGAAAUUCAACUCUCUCAACCUGGAAAAGACCCCCACAGUCUUACACUGUGUGUUCUGUCGCCGUGGGCCACCUUUGCCUGCUCAGAAGAUCUGUCUGAGAUGUGAAGCUCCAUGCUGCCAGUCCCAUGUUCAGACACACCUGCAGCAGCCGUCCACAGCGCGUGGGCACCUCCUGGUGGAGGCGGAUGACGUCAGAGCGUGGAGCUGCCCCCAGCACAAUGCCUACCGACUGUAUCACUGCGAGGCUGAGCAGGUUGCUGUUUGCCAGUUCUGUUGUUACUACAGUGGGGCACACCAAGGGCACUCUGUAUGUGAUGUGGAGAUCCGGCGCAAUGAGAUCAGGAAGAUGCUGGUGAAGCAGCAGGACCGCCUAGAAGAGCGUGAACAAGACAUUGAACAGCAGCUAUACAAAUUGGAGUCUGACAAGCGGCUGGUUGAAGAGAAAGUGAACCAGCUGAAAGAUGAGGUACGUCUACAGUAUGAGAAGAUGCACCAGAUUCUUGAUGAAGAUUUGCGCAAAACCAUGGAGAUUCUAGACAAGGCUCAGGCUAAGUUCUGCAAUGAGAACGCUGCCCAGGUGUUGCACCUCAGCGAGCGCAUGCAGGAAGCUAAGAAGCUGCUCAGCUCCGUUCAGGUCAUGUAUGACAAGACCGAGGACAUCAACUUCAUGAAGAAUACCAAGUCAGUGAAAAUCUUAAUGGAUAGGACCCAGAAUUGCACAGGAGGCAGCCUGCCCCCUCCCAAGAUCGGCCAUCUCAACUCUAAGCUCUUCCUGAAUGAGAUUGCCAAGAAGGAGAAACAGCUGAGGAAGCUGCUGGAAGGCCCCUUCAGUACCCCGGUGCCUUUCCUGCAGAGCAUUCCUAUGUACCCUUGCAGUGUCAGCAACUCGGGAGCUGAGAAGCGCAAGCACGCCACCGCUUUCCCAGAAGGUAGCUUCCUGGAGCCAUCCUCGGGACCUGUUCCCAGCCAGUAUGUGAGCCAAGGGGCUUCAGCUGGUGAAGGCCAGUCUGCACAAUCCAUGGUGCCUUGUAGCUCCACACAGCACAUAGUAGGACUCCCCAGUGGCCCACAGCCCGUUCACUCUGGCUCGAUGUUCAACCCUUCCCACUACCCCAACAGCACAUCAACUCAGCAGUCUGUGCUGUCUCAGUAUGGUGGGCGCAAAAUCCUGGUCUGCUCAGUGGACAACUGUUACUGUUCCUCAGUAUCUAAUCACAGCGGGCAUCAACCAUACCCCCGGUCGGGCCACUUUCCAUGGACAGUGUCAUCCCAGGAAUAUUCCCAUCCACUUCCGCCUGCUCCAUCUGUACCUCAGUCGCUUCCAGGAUUGGCAGUGAGGGAAUGGAUUGAUGCAUCUCAGCAACACGGACGCCAGGAUUUCUAUAGAGUUUAUGGUCAGCCUUCCACCAAACACUAUGUCACCAGUUAACCAUCUGGCUUGAAUUAAAGCUUGCUCAUUUUUGAAGAUUUUUUUUAAGUCUAGAUUUUGUUGUUUUUAAAUCAAAUCCAUUUUUACUUAUCCCUGUCACAUGCCACAGUCUGAGAGGGGCAUUGCUGUCAUCUCUAGUUUUAAUUUAAUUUUUUAAAAGUCCUCCCUUGUACCAGGAUUGGGAUGGGAGAGGAGCUGCAGAAGAAAUUAAUAAGGAUUUCAAUCAAGAAUCUACUUCUGGAUCAUAUGACCUUCCUACUUUACAGUUUGGAAAACUUAUAAAAGGGACAAACGAUCCUUUUCUAUUUCAAAAUAUCUUUGCUCUUUGAUUUUUGCUUUUUAAAAUCUUUUUCCUUCCCAUUUUGUAAGAAGAGAGAAUUUCUAUCAUUGAUUCAUUAAGAAAUGAUACUUGUAGAUUUUUUAAGGUUGUUUUUUUUGUGUGUUGAAAUGCCACGUAUCAUGCAUAUUGGCAUUUUUCUUCUUUCAGAGAUUUGUAAAUACACAAUGACAGGAAAUGAAAUGCACAAAAAAGGGAAAAGAAACUUUAAAAAAAGAAAUAAAAAAAUCUGUUUUAGUUUCCUGGAAGGAAAUGUACACCAAGAUGGACACAGUCCUUCCUAUGUUUCAUUGAUGCAACUUCCUCUAACAAGCACUUUGUAUUAAAAAAAGCGGACUUCCUGUUAUAAGGCACAGGUAUUUAUUCUGUAACCAAUUUUAGAACACACACAAAAAUAUUCAAAUAAAUGUGAUCACUUAGUGCAAA